GUAGUUGCUCAAAGUGAAAGCAGCAGAAAGCUGCAAACGUUAGAGAGAGCGGUAGAAUGGGAGUUUUCGGCACCAGCGGGAACAUUAACUCCACUCUUCCAGAGAUAAAACUAUACUCCUGGAGACAAAUGGUCUGUUGGAUCGUAGACAGUACCUGGAAAAAACUUCAGAGUCCGUUGUUCACAGCAGGAGUAGUGACAUUAUUGUUGAGUUCAUUGUUUAUCAGAAGACCUAACACAUGGGUACAAUAUUUUCUACGGUGGCCAUUUAUGAUAAAAACCAGAAAGAACAUUGGAAUUGGUCCUUUAACUGAUCUUUUGGAAUAUGGGGGAAUUGAAUGGAAGGGAGGUACCGCCCAAGCUGAACAAAUGAGAAAGGCUUAUGAAGAUAUUUAUUUGGUGCACAACAUCAAACACUUACGGAAAAUUAGAGGAGACAACUACUGUGCAUUGAGGGCAGUUUUAUUUCAGAUUCUCAGCCAGGGUUUACCUCUUCCAUCAUGGAUAAGAGAACAGGAUGUAACUAAGAUUCCUGAAAAAGUGUUUACACAAGGCUGCAACUGGGUACAGCAGUACAGUUUUGGUCCUGAGAAAUACACUGGGAAUAAUGUAUUUGGAAAAUUACGCAAAUAUCUGGAAUUCCUUAAAGUGCAGUGGAUCAACAUUCAUGGAAUUAAAGACCAAGGGAAAAGAAUAGAAAUAUGUAUGAAAUUAUUCAGUGACCAGGAAAAUGAAUACAAGAUAUUUGAAGCCAUGAAAUUUCUUAUGUUGUACGUUGUGGUUCAGCUUUAUGACGACAUGAAAAAUGGAAAAGAUGUUCCCAGCUUUUGUUUUAUUUUCUUUGCUCGUGAUUCUUCACCAGAUCCUUUAAGUUUCAUGUUGAACCACCUCAACUGUGUUGGUGACACAGGUGGGCUGGAGCAGAUUGAAAUGUUUCUCCUUGGAUUCACACUCCAUUUGAAAAUCAGAACCUUCAGACUGUAUAAGUAUGGCACUGAAGAAUUUCAAUCUUGUUAUCCUGUAAGCUGCCAUAGGGAAUGGCAUGAAGUUCUUCUUCUGACGGAGGAUGACCGGCAUUAUAAUGUUCCUAUUGCCUGGAGCUGAAUUAUGUUAGUGUGAUUUGGAGGAAACAUUUUGUCUCCGGUGUAAAUGUCUUGGAUAUUUAUAUUGGCUUCAUGUUAUGAUGCAUAGAAACCUUGUAGCAGCCAAGUUUUAUUUAAAUUUGUAUUGGAACAGUUUUUUGGAUUAGUUGGUUAUUUUGCCAAAUGCUACAAGCCCAAAGGUGCCCUGAAGAUGCAAAUCUUGAUCUAAGUAAUGAAAAACUCAAACUAGUGAACAAAAAAAAACACACUUUUUAUAAAGACUGAACCAGUUGAAGUUUUAAAUCUCUCUUGCUGCCAUUUUUGUCCACUAAUAGCUACUUCAGUGUUUUAUCCAGCUCCACCAAUAUUUUAUCCAUGUAGGCUGAGGCCCACACCUUGUGAAGAGCCUGACUGUCAAGGUUGAAAUCGGGUGUUCAUCCUCCAUGGAUCUAUGGAGACAUCAGAGGUGGUGCCAAGUCAUAUUUGCCUCGUUUCCCUUUCCCUGCCCUCUCAAAUUAAGCUGCCACUCAUGUCACCAGGACUUACCAGUUUUUUUUUCUAAUUUUAGAAUUAGAAUCCCUAUAGUGUGGAAACAGGCCCAACAGGUCCACACCGA